AUGCUUCUUAUAAUACACAAUUUGCCGAAAGAUGCAGCAUACCAUGAUGUAAAGCAGUUGAUACAGGAUGAAUGUGGGUUGAGCGAAGCUAUUCUAGACAACUUGUUGAAUGAGGGCAACAGAAAACGCAUUACUGUUGGUCUAGCUGAGGAGGCAGAUGCGGCUUUAUUGAUGACAAAAUUGAAUGGCAAGCUGUACAAGAACCGUGUACUUUAUGUCGAAGAUGUGCGACAAAAGAAGUAUUCAAACCAGUCUUACCAAACCACAAUCCCAUCGGGAUUACAACCACCUUCUUUGACGACAAUCCCAUCGGGAUUGCAACCAACAGUUAUGAAAGCUCAGAUACAAUAUCCUCUUCAAACUCAAGCAACAAAUAUGAUGGGACUUAACUACAGCAAUAUGCCUUAUUAUAUGACUCAAGUUACAAAUCCUAUUAUGAACCAUGACCAGCUCCAAGAUAAGCAAUCGAGUUCUAACCAACAGACAUUCCAAAAUACUCAAUCUGCAUAUCAAGCACUAAAUCCAUGGGGCUACCCCAUGAAUGUAAUUUGUGCGAAUAAAAUACAAGAUCCUACAUCAGUAAACGUACCGCAGACUUAUGAAAGUUACCAAAACGAUCGUGAUAGUACCAACAACGCACGUCCCGACAACCAAAUGAAUUAUCGGGAAAAUGAAUCACCGCCGUCGAAGCGUCACGAAAGUUUUGGUAACUACGACCAAGGGAAGUCUAGGUCUGAUGGUAAAAUGAACUCCGAAUGGGAGAAUCGAAGAUCGCGGCGUGAUCUCAGUGAUAGCAGACAGCCAUCACAAGGUCGUGCUCGUGAUAGAUCAUGGGAUAGGCGUGACACGGAACCGAGAAGUUCACGAUCAAGACGAUCGAAACGUGACCGUGACUCUUACCACGAACGGCAACGUGAUAGUGAGCGGAACACUCACGAUCGUAGCGAUCGAAAAAGAGGGAGUGAAUACGAUCGGAAUGAACGUUAUAAUCCACAACCGGACCAAAAUAUUUAUGUCUGGUCUAAAAAACCGAACGUGGCUACAAGAACGUUUAGCAGCAACCCUGAAAAUUCUACAUUUUCGAAAUCUAACAGCAAUGUUUUCGGGACAACUGCUAACUUCGGUUUCGUGGGUCAGCCGUCUAGCAAUAGAAUGACAUUCAACCAAGCCAAAUCAAUGCCACCACGACAGCCUGCUACCAUUGUCCCACCGGCAAAGAGACCGCGAUUCGAACAAAACAUAAAUAGCUUCGCUCAGGCCAACAAGAAUCCAAAUCAAGAUGCCGCAACAACAAACAUUGACCCACAAAAAAUGAUUAUGCGCGCUGCAAAUUGGCGCAGCCAAGCCGCAACUUUGCUGGCUAAACAAGUAAUUAAAAACGGUUCAACCACCAAGAUUGACAACUAUGUAUUCAAAAUCCUUCUCAAAAAGCUAAGGGAGUGUGUAACAUUACGUUUGGAUGUUAUAUUGGGGGACAAAAUAAUAUCAUCUUUGAACGAAGUAUUGGUUAGUUAUCGCAUGAAAUUCAAUGAAUGCAAUGACAUUCCAUUCUUCAAGGCUAUCAUGGAGAAAGUAGAACGCGAAAUUGGAGAGAAUGCUGUUGGAUCAGUUCCCAAAAAUGAUGAAAUUCAAAUACAUCCGCGGGAUCCGAAAUUUAGAUCAGCGAAUGCACCAACACAAAGUAUUUAUGGCAAUUCCAAUAUUCAAGGAGCAAAUAAGAAUGUUUUACCAAAUCAAAGUCAAGUACAAACUGACAAAGUUAUAGCAAAGGUACAAAAUAACCAAAAAUUACCAAAAUAUCCUAAUGCAGAAUUAAAGAAGAAUGAGAUGUUGGAAUAUCAAGAAGAUUUCUACAAGAUGGAACCAAAACUACAAGAAGCUGUUGAUAAUGAAAUUGAACAAUUGGUCCAAUGUUAUUUGAAUGCAUGUGAUCCGUCUAAUGAUCCGGACGAAGAGAUUGUCAGGAAUAUAAUAUUAAGAAACACAGUUGAUGAAUUCAAGAAGGUAAUAAAAUUGCAAGUGACGAAACGUGUUUUGAAUAUAACAACAGGUCUAUGUGUUCGUAUAUUUCCUUCACUGAAGUUACCAAGUCGAGAUGUAUUGGAAGCAUUCCUACAAAGACACGGUGUUGUUAGCCUCAAGAAAUCUGAGAAUAGUUCAAAGAUGCUCAUAGCAUAUUGUGACUCAUAUGAGAAUUAUGACAGAAUGUUAGCCCUACAGACAGCUACAUUCGGUGAUAAUAUUGGAAUACAAAUAAAACCUCUGCAUUUAAUUGGUCCACCUGUGAAGAAAUCUAAAAAUGAAAAUACUGUACCAAAUGAAAACGAAAAAGGUGAUUCAUCGAAAGACGUUGAAGAAGUAGAUUUAACGGCAACAGACUUAGAUAAAAGUCUAGAAGAUAAAGACGAUUCAGAUGUUAUGUUUAUAGAAAAUCAAAAUGAUGUGGUUUUAAUACAUGAUGAAUCAUUUAACUUGGAAAAUACAACAGAUCAGAAUGAGAUUGUUGUACAAGAUUUAACACCAAAAGACUCUAUAAUCAGUGAUAAAAAUGAUAUGUCUAAAGAAACUAUAGAAGUCAAUGAAAAUAUAAACAAUUCAGUCUCAACACCGGCUAAUGAUGUUGGAAAUUUACAAGAAAAUAUAAAUUUAACAACUAAUAAUUCCAAUACAGAUGAAGAAACUACACAAACGAAAGAUUCACUACCAAUUUCUGAUGUUAACGAAGAUGGUAAUAUAAAAAUACAAGAUACAACAAUUUCAGUUAAUGAUAAUUUAGAAAACGAUAUUGAUAAUACUAUAACCGAUUCUGAAUGUCAAGAUAAAAGAAAUGAAAAUGAUUCGACCACAGAUAAUAUUGAAAAUUCAGAGAAAAGUACUACAGAUGAUAUUACUCAAGAAAUAUGUGAAGAAAAUGUCACUGAAAAUACAACACAACAAUCUGAUGGUAAUUUAAGUGAAGAAAACAGUAUUAAUGAUUUGAUAAUAGAUGAAAGUAAUGAAAAUACAGAAACUAUAGAUACUUCAAAGAAUCUUAGCGAUUCUGAUGUAAUAGAAAACAAUCAAGUUGAAGAAACAAGCAAUGAAAUUAAUGAGGAACAAAUAGAUGAUCUCCUUAAUUCAGUUAACGAAAUUGAUGAAGACGAUUUGGAAGAUUUUUAA